GUAGCCACGCUCUCAUCAUCCUCGGUGUCUCUGAGAGCAAAACCACCUCCGUCUCUGUGUUCUCCCACAAUGGGCAACUCCUCCAGAGACGACUCCGCCACCGACGGCGACGCCUCCAGCGGCGGCAACGCCAAGCCCUCCAACUCCAGCCUCUACUCCGAGGGCGAGAAGAUCCUCGCCUACCAUGGCCCUCGCAUCUACGAAGCCAAGGUUCAGAAGGCAGAGAUCAGGAAAAACGAAUGGAGAUACUUUGUUCACUACCUUGGCUGGAAUAAAAAUUGGGACGAGUGGGUAGGUGUGGAUCGCAUAUUGAAGCACACUGAAGAGAAUAUAAUGAAGCAGCAAGCUCUUGACAAGAAACAAGGCGUAGACAAGAAUACAAAGUCAGGACGUUCUGCUCACACAAAGCCAAAAAGUUCUACUGAUGCGAAAGCAGAGAAAGAGGACCAAAAGAACAACGUUGCCAAAGGGAAGAAGCGAAAGAAUGACUCAGGCGCUGAGAAGGAAAACACUGCCUUGGAAAAGCUUGUGAAGAUUCAAAUUCCUGUGGCCUUAAGAAAGCAACUGGUAGAGGAUUGGGAAUUUGUGUGUGAGCAGGAUAAGCUUGUUAAGCUUCCGCGGUCUCCAACUGUAGAUGAAAUUUUGCAAAACUACCUCGACUACAGGACAAAGAAAGAUGGAAAGCUGACUGAUCCUGUAGGAGAAGUCCUGAGAGGAAUACGAUGUUACUUUGACAAAGCAUUGCCAAUGAUUCUCUUAUACAAAAAGGAACGCAAACAGUAUCAUGAUACCGUUGUAGAUGAUGUCUCUCCGUCAACAAUAUAUGGUGCUGAACAUUUACUACGACUUUUUGUUAAGCUGCCGGAGCUAUUGGCCUAUGUCAACAUUGAGGAGGAAACACUGACCCGCUUACAACAACAUUUACUAGAUUUACUCAAAUUUAUGCAGAAGAACCAGAGCACGUUCUUCCUUUCUGCUUAUGAUGGCUCAAACAGUGUCGAUGGGAAGGGCAAAGGAAAACAGAGUGAUUUGGUAUAGAGACUGUGUUAACUUCUGCCUUCACAUACUCGCCACCAAUUGCCAGAGGCAGGGGCAAGAGAUCCAUGGCCAUUCUUGGGAUGUUAUGGAUUGAUUCACCAUGACAAUCCAGAAACAGUGGACGGCCAAAUUGUUGUAACAUUACCAUUAUUUCAUUCUUUUUCUGUUUCUUGUUUGAAUACCACAGUCCAUGUUAGCUUAGCAAGCAACUGUUCUGCUAAUGAUGGGAACUUUGUAAAGACAUUGGUCAUAGUUGUAGUUGGGAUACUACUGUAGCAUUGAUUUGGAUUCUAGUAUAUGAGGUGCAUUUGGUCAACCAUGACAAUUUGAUCAUAUUUAAACAGUUUCAAUCCAA